CUUCUCAUCAUCUCCUCCACAGAUCCCUGUCACUUGAGAAUGGUGGCAAGUUCUAAUCCUUAAUUGCUUCUCUCUCUUUUUCCUUUUUCUCCAAUUUCACCCCUCUCAGCUCUUGAUCCACCUUCUCCAAAUAUCUCCACUUCAUACUGCAAAACAAUGCCGGGUCUUGUAUCGGUCAAAACCCCACCAGACGCGCCGCCGCUACGUAUCUCUGUCCCUGACACACAGACCCAACGGCCCGAACCCGCUAACCCGCCUAGGACUCCCUCUCCACUUCCAAACAAGAAACCGCCUUCCCCCUCCCCAUCUCGAUCCAAGGCUUCCCCAGCCCGACCAGCUAAGAAGUCUCCGCAUCACGAUUCCCCCACGAUUCCUGAUGAUCCCUCCCUCGAUAACCCCGAUCUUGGCCCAUUCCUCCUCAAGCUCGCCCGAGACGCCGUUGCUUCCGGCGAAGGGCCCACUAAGGCUCUUGACUACGCCCUCCGCGCCUCAAAGUCCUUCGAGCGCUGCGCCGUCGUCGACGGCGAGCCUAGUCUCGAUCUUGCUAUGAGCCUGCACGUGCUCGCCGCCAUCUACUGCAGCCUUGGGCGCUUCGAGGAGGCUAUACCCGCGCUAGAACGGGCUAUCCGAGUCCCAGAUGUCUCUCGGGGCCCCGAUCACGCGCUGGCGGCGUUCUCCGGGCACAUGCAGCUGGGAGACACGCACUCCAUGCUGGGGCAGAUCGAUCGGUCUAUUGCGUGCUAUGAGGAAGGACUCAGGAUUCAGAUCCAGGCUCUGGGAGAGACAGAUGCCAGAGUUGGAGAAACUUGCAGGUAUUUGGCUGAGGCUCAUGUUCAAGCAAUGCAGUUUGAUAAAGCAGAAGAAUUAUGCAAGAAAACUCUUGAAAUUCAUCGUGCUCACAGUGAACCAGCAUCUCUUGAAGAGGCUGCUGAUAGGCGGUUAAUGGCCCUAGUAUGUGAGGCAAAGGGAGAUUACGAAUCAGCUCUUGAGCACCUUGUCCUUGCCAGCAUGGCGAUGAUAGCAAAUGGGCAGGACAAUGAGGUUGCUGCUAUUGAUGUCAGCAUUGGCAACAUUUACAUGUCUCUUUGUCGCUUUGAUGAGGCGGUUUUCUCCUACCAGAAGGCGCUCACUGUAUUUAAAUCAUCAAAGGGUGACAACCACCCAUCAGUUGCCUCUGUCUUUGUACGCCUUGCUGACCUGUACCACAGGACUGGAAAGCUUAGGGAAUCGAAAUCCUACUGUGAAAAUGCCUUGAGAAUAUAUGCUAAACCUGUUCCUGGAACCACAGUGGAAGAGAUUGCUGGCGGAUUAACGGAAAUUUCUGCCAUUUAUGAGUCUGUAGAUGAGCCUGAGGAAGCCCUCAAGCUCUUGCAGAAGGCAAUGAAGUUGUUGGAAGACAAACCAGGACAGCAAAGCACAAUUGCGGGAAUUGAAGCACGGAUGGGAGUGAUGUUUUACAUGCUUGGAAGGUAUGAAGAGUCAAGGAACUCUUUUGAGAGUUCUGUAGCAAAACUUAGAGCAAGUGGAGAGAGGAAAUCAUCUUUCUUUGGGGUUGUUUUGAACCAAAUGGGUCUGGCUUGUGUACAACUGUUUAAAAUUGAUGAGGCAGCUGAAUUGUUUGAAGAAGCAAGAGGAAUACUGGAACAAGAGUGUGGCCCAUGUCAUCAAGAUACACUCGGAGUGUACAGCAAUCUAGCAGCAACUUAUGAUGCUAUGGGCAGAGUAGAUGAUGCAAUUGAGAUAUUGGAGUAUGUUCUAAAAUUGAGAGAAGAACAGCUUGGAAUUGCCAAUCCAGAUUUUGAAGAUGAAAAGAGUAGACUGGGUGAGCUCCUGAAAGAAGCAGGCAGGUCUAGGAACAGGAAAGCAAAAUCACUAGAAAGUCUCAUAGAUCCAAAUUCAAGGAGAACAAAGAAGGAGGGGACAAAAAGAUGGCCUGGCUUGGGUUUUAGGCUUUGAAGCUACAAUCACGAGCAUCAUCUUUUCGCUUCUUUAUUUUCUUCACUCAGCACAACACAUUCUGUAACAUAGAAAUAUCAUGUAUAGUAUUGUAAUUUGGUAUUAUUUUCUCUUCUUUUUUUUUUUUUUCGUUUUUUUUCCUUUUUUUCUGAAUUGGAAGUGCCCUCAAUUUGUUUUUUCUUUCUAUUAAUUGUUUUAUUGAAUGUAUGUGUUCGGCCUUUAAAGUUGUCCCCAAUGAUAAGAACUUUCAGUUUA